AUGGAUGCCGAAAUAUGUAAGAACUUCCUUUUAGUAAGGACGAACUUUCCCGAUCAAUUGGACAAUAAUGGAAACUAUAAAAUUGAAGAUGAUACACAUUUCAAAGAGUAUUGUAGUAAUCAAAAUUGUGUUAAUGAGCUCGAAAAAAUUAGUGCUGGAUGUUUAUAUUUGUUUAAUGAAUUCUUUAAGGAUUCUUCUGUCUUUAAUUCUGUUGCAAAAAGUAACAUCAAUAUUGUUGAUUACAUUAUAAUAUGGUUAAGUUAUAUGUUAAACCUAAAGGAAAAUAUUGAUAACAACAGUCUAAGUUAUUUUUAUACUACAAAUAUAAAUAAUGAUAAGUAUACUAAUACUAUAGAUGGUGUAGAGGGGUAUACUAGUUACAAGGAUCUUAUAGAUAAAACAAAUAUGAUGAAUAUGGAUAUUAAAGAUAUAUCUAAAUUUUAUGAUGCAUUUAUAUUAUUAUGUGAAAUGUAUUCUGUAUUUGAUGUAGACAAGAAUGAUUGCACAAAAUGUUCGGAUAAAGCUAACCAAUUUGUUGAAAAAUAUAAAAAUUUGAAUGAAAAUUCUAAUAAUACUGAAGGUAGUCCAUAUAGAAAAAUAUUGUCUACAUUAUCAACUGAUUAUAAUAAUUUAAAAAAUAAAUGUAGCGAUAGUUCAUCCUUUCCAUCGAUAGAAACAACACAAAUUUCUGUAAAAGGUUCUGAACAAACUGUGCAAAAUUCCGCACAAACAUCUGAAGUUGCAUUAUUAAGUUCGUCGAUAGGAAACAAAUUAAUUCCAGUUUUAUCGAUAUUUGGUGCAAUAGCAUUUUUUUUAGGAAUUGGAUAUAAGUAUUCAUUAUUUAAGUCUCGAAAACGAUCUCGAAAACAACAUUUAAGAGAAAAGCUAAAAAAUAAAGAAGAAAAUGAAUAA